GGGCCGUAAGGUUGGGAACCUCAACGCAGAAUCGCUCAGCCCCGUGGCUGCGGCCGCCGCAGCCGGGAGCUGCAUGCGACGGGCGGCGGCGCCCCCGGCCGCCUGCUUCCCUCGCGGUGCGCGCGGACCGGCUGGAGGGCACCCGCCCUGGGCUACUGCGGGGCCGCCUUCCCUCGGGUAGUCCCGUCCCCACGCGCAGCCCGUUGCGGCCGGCGCAGAGAUCCAGCUUUGUAGGAAGUCAAGCUCAGAGAGGCAGACGGGAUGGCUAGCUCAGCCCGGGAACAUCUGCUUUUUGUGCGGCGUCGGAAUCCCCAGAUGCGCUACACACUGAGCCCAGAAAACCUUCAGAGCCUUGCUGCCCAGAGCUCCAUGCCAGAGAACAUGACCCUACAGAGGGCCAACAGCGACACGGACUUGGUGACUUCCGAGAGCCGCUCCAGCCUGACUGCCAGCAUGUACGAGUACACGCUGGGGCAAGCCCAGAACCUCAUUAUCUUCUGGGACAUUAAGGAGGAGGUGGAUCCCAGUGAUUGGAUUGGACUUUAUCAUAUAGAUGAGAAUUCUCCAGCUAACUUCUGGGAUUCUAAAAACAGAGGUGUGACAGGAACACAAAAAGGACAAAUUGUAUGGAGAAUUGAGCCAGGGCCUUAUUUUAUGGAACCGGAGAUAAAAAUCUGUUUUAAAUACUACCACGGCAUUAGUGGAGCCUUGCGAGCCACGACCCCUUGCAUCACCGUGAAGAACCCCGCUGUGAUGAUGGGGGCAGAAGGCACGGAAGGAGGUGCUUCAGGAAAUCAGGAUUCUCGGAAACUCGUCAGCUUUACAUUGUCAGAUCUUAGGGCAGUUGGGCUAAAGAAAGGGAUGUUCUUCAACCCUGACCCUUACCUUAAGAUGUCCAUCCAGCCAGGGAAGAAGAGCAGUUUCCCCACCUGUGCCCAUCAUGGGCAGGAGAGAAGGUCUACGAUCAUCAGUAAUACCACCAAUCCAAUUUGGCACCGAGAGAAAUAUUCCUUUUUUGCACUUCUUACUGAUGUCUUAGAAAUUGAAAUUAAAGACAAAUUUGCCAAGAGCCGUCCCAUCAUCAAGCGUUUUCUGGGGAAAUUAACCAUACCUGUCCAAAGGCUCUUGGAGCGGCACGCCAUCGGUGAUCAAAUGCUCAGCUACAACCUUGGCAGAAGGCUCCCUGCUGACCACGUGAGUGGGUACCUUCAGUUUAAAGUGGAGGUUACAUCUUCUGUUCAUGGAGAUGCUUCUCCAGAAGCUGUUGGCACAAUCCUUGGAGCCAACACGGUGAACGGAGAUCUAGGAAGCCCUUCUGAUGAUGAGGACAUGACAGGGGGCCAUCAUGACAGCCCUGUGUGCUCUAAUGGACCAGUUUCUGAGGACAGUGCUGCUGAUGGGAUGUCCAAGCAUUCUUUCAGGACUAGCUCUACUCUGGAAAUAGACGCAGAGGAAUUAACCUCUACUUCUUCAAGGACCUCACCUCCCAGAGGACGUCAGGAUUCACUCAAUGAUUAUUUAGAUGCUAUUGAACACAAUGGCCCUUCCAGGCCGGGGACAGCUACCUGCUCUGAGAGGUCCAUGGGAGCCUCUCCAAAACUAAGGAGUAGUUUUCCCACCGACACAAGACUCAAUGCAAUGCUUCACAUUGACUCAGAUGAGGAAGAUCAUGAGUUUCAGCAAGACCUGGGUUAUCCAUCUUCCUUGGAGGAAGAAGGAGGAUUAAUAAUGUUUAGCAGUGCAUCAAGAACUGAUGAUGGGAGCUUGACAUCUCAGACAAAGCCAGAAGACAACCCAGUUGAGAAUGAGGAAGCCUCUACAAUUGAAGCAGCUUCCUUUGAGGAUAAGCCAGAAAGUCUUCCAGAGCUUGCAGAUAGCUCCUUACCCUCAGGCCCAACUCCGGAUGAAAGUGAAAAUGGCCCUGACUCUCAGCCAAGUGGUGACCAGGGCAGCAGUGAAUUGUGUGGCUCUCAAGAGGUGGAUCAGCCCACAAGUGGGGCUGACACAGGGACAUCCGAUACAUCAGGAGGAAGCCGAAGAGCCAUCAGUGAGACGGAGUCCCUGGAUCAGGGGUCUGAGCCUUCCCAGAUUUCCUCGGAAACGGAACCCAGUGAUGCUGCAAGGACAGAGAGUGUGAGUGAGGCCAGUACCAGGCCCGAGGGAGAAAGUGACCUGGAAGGCGCCGACAGCUCCUGCAAUGAGAGUGUAACCACACAGCUGUCUUCAGUGGAGACGCGAUGCUCAUCUCUCGAGAGUGCUCGCUUUCCCGAAACCCCAGCAUUUUCUUCUCAGGAGGAGGAAGAUGGAGCCUGUGCAGCAGAGCCCACCAGCAGUGGCCCUGCCCAAGGGUCCCAGGAUUCCAUAUGCACUCCCGGUUCUUUACCUGUGGUGCAGGUGCUCAGUGGGGAGGAAGAAGGGCCAGGGGCAGAAUCGGCCACUUUACCUGACCAAGAGGAGAUGGGGGAGGUCUGGCAGCGGAGGGGAAGCCUGGAAAGAGCUGCUGCUGCUGCUGCUGCUGCUGUGACCCAGCCCCAAGAAGAAGGUGAUGCUGGGGAUGCCCAAGGUGCUUGUGAAGGGGCCACUGCCCAGGAAGAGGGUGCAGCUGGAGGUUCUCAAGCCAAUGGCCACCAGCCGCUGCGAUCGCUACCUUCAGUGCGCCAAGAUGUUAGCCGGUACCAGAGGGUGGACGAGGCUCUCCCACCAAACUGGGAGGCACGCAUUGACAGCCAUGGGAGGAUCUUCUACGUGGAUCACGUAAACAGAACUACAACGUGGCAGCGGCCAACAGCUCCCCCGGCCCCGCAGAUGCUUCAGAGGUCUAACUCUAUCCAGCAAAUGGAGCAGCUGAACCGUCGAUACCAGAGUAUCCGUAGAACUAUGACUAAUGAGAGGCCUGAGGAAAAUGCCAGUGCUCUUGAUGGGGCAGGAGAGGAUGCCGACUUUCACCAAGCCAGUACAGAUUUCCGUCGGGAGAACGUCGUGCCCCACUCUACCUCCAGAUCCAGGCUCACACUGCUGUUACAGUCUCCCCCCGUGAAGUUCCUCAUCAGCCCAGAGUUCUUCACCGUGCUGCAUUCGAACCCUAGUGCCUACCGCAUGUUUACAAACAACACGUGUUUGAAGCACAUGAUCACCAAAGUCCGGCGGGACACCCACCACUUUGAACGCUACCAGCAUAACCGGGACCUUGUGGGAUUCCUCAACAUGUUUGCGAACAAACAGCUGGAGCUGCCAAGGGGCUGGGAAAUGAAACAUGAUCAUCAGGGCAAGGCGUUUUUUGUCGACCACAAUUCCCGUACCACCACUUUCAUUGAUCCUCGGCUCCCCCUUCAAAGCAGCCGACCCACAAGCGCCUUGGUUCACCGGCAACACUUGACCAGGCAGCGCAGUCACAGUGCUGGGGAGGUAGGAGAAGAUUCCCGACAUUCAGGACCACCAGUUCUUCCCAGGCCAUCCAGUACGUUCAACACAGUCAGUAGGCCACAGUACCAGGACAUGGUUCCAGUGGCUUACAAUGACAAGAUUGUUGCGUUUCUGCGUCAACCCAAUAUCUUUGAAAUUCUACAGGAGCGUCAACCUGAUCUUACCAGGAAUCACUCACUCAGGGAGAAGAUCCAAUUUAUCCGCACUGAAGGGACCCCGGGACUGGUGCGCCUUUCAAGUGACGCAGACCUUGUUAUGUUGCUGAGUUUAUUUGAAGAAGAGAUAAUGUCAUAUGUGCCUCCACAUGCCUUACUCUACCCCAGUUACUGUCAGUCCCCCCGCGGCUCCCCCGUGUCCUCCCCUCAGAACUCUCCAGGUACUCAGCGUGCCAAUGCCCGAGCUCCAGCCCCUUACAAGCGAGAUUUUGAAGCCAAACUAAGGAACUUUUACAGAAAGCUAGAAACUAAAGGAUAUGGACAAGGCCCAGGGAAAUUAAAGUUAAUUAUCAGAAGAGAUCACUUAUUAGAAGAUGCAUUUAAUCAGAUUAUGGGCUACUCCAGAAAAGACCUGCAGAGAAAUAAGCUGUACGUCACCUUUGUUGGGGAGGAAGGGCUGGAUUACAGCGGACCUUCCAGAGAGUUUUUCUUCCUGGUAUCCAGAGAACUCUUUAACCCAUAUUAUGGCUUAUUUGAAUAUUCAGCCAAUGACACAUACACAGUGCAAAUAAGUCCCAUGUCUGCUUUUGUAGACAAUCACCAUGAAUGGUUCAGGUUCAGUGGUCGGAUCCUCGGUCUUGCACUAAUACACCAGUAUUUGUUGGAUGCCUUCUUCACUCGGCCGUUUUACAAAGCUCUUCUUAGAAUUCUGUGUGACCUGAGUGAUCUAGAAUAUCUUGAUGAAGAAUUCCACCAGAGCCUGCAGUGGAUGAAAGACAACGAUAUCCACGAUAUCCUGGACCUCACAUUCACUGUGAAUGAGGAAGUUUUUGGACAGAUUACCGAACGAGAAUUAAAACCAGGGGGUGCCAAUAUCCCGGUCACAGAGAAGAACAAGAAGGAGUACAUCGAGAGGAUGGUGAAGUGGAGGAUUGAGAGGGGUGUUGUGCAGCAAACAGAGAGCUUAGUACGCGGCUUCUAUGAGGUGGUGGAUGCCAGGCUGGUGUCUGUUUUUGAUGCAAGAGAACUGGAACUGGUCAUUGCGGGCACAGCUGAAAUAGACCUGAGCGACUGGAGAAACAACACAGAAUAUAGAGGAGGAUACCAUGACAAUCAUAUUGUAAUUCGGUGGUUCUGGGCUGCAGUGGAAAGAUUCAACAAUGAACAACGACUAAGGUUGUUACAGUUUGUCACAGGCACAUCCAGCAUUCCCUAUGAAGGAUUUGCUUCUCUCCGAGGGAGCAAUGGCCCAAGAAGAUUCUGUGUGGAGAAAUGGGGGAAAAUCACCGCUCUUCCCAGAGCUCAUACUUGUUUUAACCGUCUGGAUCUCCCCCCAUAUCCAUCCUUCUCCAUGCUUUAUGAAAAACUCUUGACAGCAGUUGAAGAGACAAGUACCUUUGGACUUGAGUGACCUGGCAGCACAAUGCUCAGCUCCUUAUGGACAGGCAAUUUCAGAAGCUGCCCUCAGGAAGAAUGACUGAAAACUGGAAGUUUCACAAGUAAAGUUGAGUGCUGUUAUUUUCCAGGAACAAGUGCUCUGUUGCUUUUGGGAACUAGAUAAUGGUGAUUAGUCCUCUUGGAAGGAUUUGGGUGAGCUUGAUGCCCAGGACACAACCCAACAGUCUUUCAAUCAAUAGUUCUUCUCAACUGCCAAACUUUUUCCAUUUGUUGUAUCCCAAGACAAAGAUGAGCGUGUACAUGAUCAGCUCCAUGGUAAUUUUUAGGGAUUCAGGAGAAUCUUAAAAGGUUCAAGCCAAACUGGCAGCACUUGGCCAGUCUCCAAAUUAAAGUGCAAGUUAAAUAGUAUAUAAAAACAAAUAUAUUUCCUGAAGUACAUUCAUUUAAGCCCCGUUACAGCAGAAUAUUUCUUUCUUGCUUGUGAGUGCUUGCAUGAUGUGCACCAUAGGUUUCAGCUUUCAUGGGACACAGGGGAAAAUGAAAUCAAGUCAAUAUGAGGUAACUUUAAAGAUUUGCAAUAAGGUGGUCUGUGACAAUGUAUAUGCAAGUGUAUGUGUGUAAUUAUGGCUAAAGACAAACUGUUAUACAAUGAAUUACUAAUGACAGAUUUUAUGCUUUAUAAUGCAUGAAAACAGUUGUAAAAUAACUAGCAAUUAAUCACAGCAUAUAAGGAAAAAGUACAGUAAGUUCUGUUUAUUUUUUAUAGGUUCAUUAUAUUUCUGUUCUUUAAUCUGUAUAUAAGAACCUACCUAUCAUACUGUAUGUGUCAGCCAUUCCAUUUUCAUGGUCCAUGCUUACUCGGGCAUCUUGCUAGUGUGUAUCCUUUAAAGCACUCUCAAGGGAACAAAAGGGCCUUUUAUUUUUGUAAAGGUAAAAAAAAAAAAAAAUUCCCCGAAAUAUUUUGCACUGACUGUACCAAAGUUGAAGGGCCAUUACGAUAUGACUAACAGCAACUCCAUCACUUGACAAGCAUAAUAGAAAACAGCUUCUAAAUCAAACUUCCUUCACAGUGCCAUGUCUUGUCUACCACUACAAGGACUGUGCAUACAAGUAAUAAUUUUUUAAGACUCACUAUAUGUGAUAGUAUAAUAUGCAUUUAUUUAAAAUGCAUUAGACUUUCUUCCAUCCAUCAAAUACUUUAAAGGAUGGCAUUUAAUACAGAUAUUUCGUAUUUCCCCCACUGCUUUUUAUUUAUACAGCAACAUUAAACACUAAGCUCAGUUAGAGAGCUGUCAGCAACACCGAAGAGAUCAGCUCUCUUUAGUAGUAAGAAUUCCAUUUUCCCCCAUCAGUGAAGACAUCACAAAUUGAAACCCUCAGUACUGUAUUUCUAAGCCUGCAUUUUCACUGAUGCAUAAUUUUCUUAUCAAAAACAAGAAACAGUUUUCUAUGACAUCUCAGAAACUGCAUGGCAUCACUAAUUUUCUUUCUGCUUAAUUUUUCUGGAGGGCGUCCUUCGUUUUAAUUGCUUCUGGGAAUACUCCAUAUCACUGUUUAUUUCUUGACUUAUGGCCAGAACUAAUCAGACAUUCAAUGGAGUGAAGUUAAAUUGUGGGUAAUAAAAGCAUUGGAUUAACAUUUGGUUUGUCAGCCUAUGGUAUUACAGGCAUUGUUUGAACAUUUCUUUGAGAACUAUCUUUAAAAGUAGUCAUGGAAUUCCUGUUAGAGGAUAUUGGCAGUCUCACUGUAUAGGGGUCGUAUGCAUGGUUUUCAGAGGUUAUUUGUAAAAACUGACUGCUCUCCAGGUGGACCCAGUUAAACUGUGAUUACUGACGUGACCCUCAAGAGGAAUUUUAUUCCUGUUACAUUCCUGCGCUGAAGGCAGGUACCGCAGUGCAGAGAAAAUGUUCUGAUGAAAAAGGAUAAAGAAACCUGGAAAUAAGAAGGGAAGAGCUGUACACCAUAAUUGGACCAGAAAAAAAAGCGAAGAAGAAAAAAUUUUAACUGGAAUGUUACUUACUGAUCAUGAAUAUAAGUAUAUAUUUAAUUUUUGCAGAUUUUUACUUGCUUAUAUAUUUUUCAUUAUAAGAAAACAUAGUAUAAUGUUCUUUUUUUAAAAAAAACAUAUUUUUGAUGGUAUAUAAGAUGUUUCAGAGCUGGUGUUCUCUAAGGUUGUGUCUCUUUCAUAAAUUCAUUCCUAGACCAUGUUAGCUUUCAUUUUGGUUUGUGAUACUUUGUUACCGUAUUCCAUAUUGUUAGGUAAAAGAGACUCAAAAUAAAGUAAUCUCUUUAAUUAUUUCUAACAAAUAUAUUUCUUUGUUAAGAAAUCCAACUUCUUCCCAAAUAACAGUUCUCUUAACUUGUGUAGCCAUUGUUAGUGUAAUCAUCUAGCUGAUACCAUUCUAAGAAUUGGGAAUUAUCAAAGGUUUGCUUAGCAUAUCAGAACACCAUGAUAACUCAACUGUUAUUCUUCAUUAGUGAAACAAAAAAGCAGCCAAACAGUAACUAUAGAAAAAUAUUAAAUAGUGUUUCCACAGAAUAAAUUAGACUAAUAUACUCUACAAUUAGAUAUAUGCAUAAAUAUUUUCUUCUGGCCUGUGAGCCUAGAUAACUUGAUUUUAUGGUCUUGUUUUCUUUAGGAAAUUCAUAAGUCAUGCUUCUUAUACCAUAAAAGACAGUCAUGAUAUGUGGUAUAUGUACACUGAAUGUCAUAUGAGAGAAAAGGUAUACUAUUGGCAUUUACUCUGUGCCAGUUACUUUGUUUGAUGAUGGAGAUACCAGAUGCAAAAAUCUGCCCUUGAGACACAGUAUAGUAGAUAUCCAAGUUUUAAAAAAAGUAUUUUUAAUAAAACUGGCAAUUUCUGCAGUAAAGGAAUGAGGAGAACACGGCUUAUUCCCUCUUGGACAUUCAAUGAAGGCUUCAUAGACUGGAGAUAAAUUAUCAGAAAAAAAUAUCAUAGACUGGAUAAAAAUAUCACAUAAAUUCUGUUUCCAUCAGUAACUAAUGGCAUUUAAUAGUGUGUCAGUGCCAGUCAAGUGUUGAAGCCCAGGCUGCAUGUACACACAGAGGAUUUAAACCGUGCAGGGGAGAGCUGAACUGUGAAGGAGCAACUCAAGUGUCUUCAAAUUACCAAAGAAAUGCCAAAGUUAAGUCCAGUAGUGUCCCCUCUGAUUCAUCUGUACUACAAUGGACUUCUAAUUUUCAGUGUGAAAAUCCCCAGUCCCUGAGCCAAACACACCUCUGGGAUCAAAACAUUUUUCUUGUUCUCAAAAUGAAUGGAUCUUGGGUUAA